AUGUCGAUGCAAAUCUUCGUAAAGACUCUUGAGGGCGAGAACAGGUCCUUGGAGAUCAAGAUAAUAUCCCUCGAGGUCAAAAGCUCCGAUACAGUCGAAAACGUCAAGGCAAAGAUCCAAGAGAUAAAAGGAGCUCCUUCAGACCAACAAAGACUUUUCUUCGAUGGUAAAGAACUAAUUGAUGGUCGGACUUUAGCUGAUUACAACAUUCAGAAAGAGUCAACGCUUACCCUUGUUAUCCUUCCCCGUGAGAUGAGUAUCUUUUUUCUCGGGUCUACGCGUAAGCCCAUAAUUCUUGAGGUCGAGAGCUCUGAAACGAUUGCCAACCUAAAGGCGAUGAUUCACGACAAGGAAGGAUUCCACCCGGACCAACAGAUACUAGUCUAUCACGGAUACGUACUAAGAGGUUGUCUGACUUUAGCUUAUUACAAAAUUCAUAAAUUCUCAUCGCUACACCUUGUUCUCCGUCCUCGCGGCGGGAUAGGUAUCUUCCUAGAGGCUUUCGAGGAAGAUAACAUAUCCUUCAAGGUCAAGACCAUAUCCCUCGAGGUCAAAAGCUCCGAUACAGUCGAAAACCUCAAGGCAAAGAUCCAAGAGAUAAAAGGAGUUCCUCCAUACAAACAAAGACUUCUCUUCAAUGGUAAAGAACUACUUGAGGAUGAUCGGACUUUAGCUGAUUACAACAUUCAUACAGAGUCAACGCUUACCCUUGUUGUCCGUACUCCCCGGAUUCGUAUCUUGUUCGCAUCUAGGAAGAUGCGUAAGACCAUAUAUCUUGAUGUCGAGACCUCUGAAACGAUUGGCAAUGUGAAGGCGAUGAUUCAAGACCAGGAAGGAUUCCACGUGGACCAACAGGUGCUAAUCUAUGCCGGACGCGAUCUAAAAAAUUGUCGGACUUUAGCUGAUUACAAUAUUGAGAAAGAUCACUCAAUUCUUAACCUUAUUGUCCGUCUUGUCGGUAAGAUUCAGAUCUUUGUCCAGAAUGUAAGGACGAGUAAGAUCACAACUCUUGAGGUGGAUAGGUCCGAUACGAUUGGCAAUGUGAAGGCGAUGAUUCAGGACAAGGAAGGGUUCCAACCGGUCCAACAGAGACUAAUCUUUAUAGGGACGCCACCACCCACGUUCUCUGUUCGUCAGCCAUCACUGUCAAAUGGCAGCUUAUGGCAAAUCUUCUUCUCCUUCACUUCUUCAACUUCACCUCCAAUGGAAACCCAUUUCUUCCUCCUCUUCCUCUCACUGAUUCUCCUCUUUUUAUCCAAACCCGGAUCCGGAUUCGGAUCCUCCGGUCCAAUUGCUGCGGCGUUCGGUGGCUCUGCUUUCUUCUGCGCCAUUGACGCUAGUGGUCGUCAAGAUGUUAUCUGCUGGGGAAAAAACUACUCAUCUCCUUCUUCUCCAUCUUCUUCUUCUUUGUCUCUUGCUUCUUCCACUUCCCAAAGCUUCAACAUUCCGUCCAUGGCGAUUCUCUCAGGUGGAGACGGGUUUCUCUGCGGAAUUUUAUCGAACACCUCUCAGGCAUUCUGUUUUAGUUCCUUAGGGUCUUCUUCAGGUAUGGAUCUUGUCCCUCUUUCUUACCGGACUACUGCUUACUCUCAGAUCGCUGCUGGAAACAGCCAUGUCUGUGCAGUUAGAGGAGCUUACUAUUCCGAUCACGAUUCUGGAACUAUCGACUGUUGGAAGAUAACAAGAGCUACGAACAACAACAGCUUAAUCGCGAAAGAGUAUCCAAAGUUCUACGAUCAGAUUGUUAGUAAUCUCGUCUUCAACAAAAUCGUUUCUGGUGAUGGGUUUAGCUGUGGUGGAAUCAGAGAAGGAGGGUUGCUCUGUUUUGGUCCAAAGGCUUCUACUUUAGGGUUUAACUCAAGUUCCGAUGACUUCGAAGUCUUAGCUGCUGGAAAAAGCUCACUUUGCGCGAUUCUAAACUCAUCUCGAGAGGUGAAAUGUUGGGGAGACGAUGAAUCUUUGGUCAAUUAUCCGAAAGACGAUACUCGAUUCGUUGCUUUAACCGCUGGACCUCGUCAUUUCUGCGGAAUCCGUGAAGAUAAUCACGAGGUUGAAUGUUGGGGAAACUCUAAUUUCUCAUUGAUUCCAAAAGGUUCUGGAUUUAAGGCGAUUGCUUCGUCUGAUUUCAUCGUUUGUGGUAUAAGAGAAGAGGAUCUUGUUCUUGAUUGCUGGUUAGUUAACGGGUCGUCGACGUUAGCUUACGAUCCUCCAUUAGAGCUUUGUAGUCCAGGGAUGUGUCGAGCUGGUCCGUGUGACGAAAAGGAGUUUACUUUCAACGCAAGUAUCCUCAACGAACCUGACCUAACGAGUUUGUGUGUAAGAAAAGAGUUGAUGGUAUGUUCACCUUGCGGUUCGGAUUGCUCUCACGGUUUCUUUUUGUCUAGUUCGUGUACCGAGAACUCUGAUCGGAUCUGCACGACUUGCUCGCUCUGUCAAAACAGCUCUUGUUCUGACAUAUGUAAGCUUCACAACCACAAUUCUGUAGACAGACAUUGGCAUCAACUACAGAGACUUGUCCUCAUUGUCGGAUCUUGCGCAUCGGCUCUAUUGAUCAUCACAAUCGGUUGCUGCGUCGUGCCACGGAUUGUCACUAGUCCUAACAAAGAAGACGGUACAACGAAUCAAUUCAAAUCUUGCAUAGGAAAACCGGUUUUAGACACCGAGCAACUUGAAAUGAUCUCCCCUGCUCCAUCGGUAACGCCUUUUGCUCAAGUGUUUAGACUCUCUGAGCUUAAAGACGCGACCAACGGGUUCAAAGAGUUCAACGAGCUAGGCAGAGGAAGCUACGGGUUCGUCUACAAAGCCGUGUUAGCGGACGGGAGGCAAGUAGCGGUUAAGAGAGCAAACGCAGCAACCAUAAUCCACUCAAACACUAGAGAGUUCGAGACGGAAUUAGAGAUUCUAUGCAACAUUAGGCAUUGCAACAUUGUGAAUCUCCUUGGUUACUCGACCGAAAUGGGAGAGAGGCUUCUUGUUUACGAGUACAUGCCUCACGGUACGCUUCACGAUCAUCUACACGGCGGGUUUUCGCCUUUGAAUUGGAGUUUAAGGAUCAAGAUCGCUAUGCAAACCGCAAAGGGUCUCGAGUAUCUUCACGUUGAAGCUGACCCGAGGAUCGUUCACGGCCAUGUGAAGUCUUCGAAUGUACUUUUGGACUCGGAUUGGGUCGCGAGAGUUGCGGAUUUCGGGCUCGUGACAUCGUCGAACGAGAAGAAUUUGGACACCAAAAGAGAUGUUUAUGACUUUGGUGUUGUGUUGUUAGAGAUUUUAACCGGAAGGAAGCGUUAUGAUAGGGACUAUGAUCCGCCGGAGAUUGUUGAAUGGACGGUUCCGGUGAUCAGAGAAGGCAAAGCUACGGCGAUUAUGGAUAAGUAUAUUCCGUUGCCGAGAAACGUUGAGCCGUUAUUGAGACUUGCUGACGUGGCAGAACUGUGUGUACGGGAAGAUCCGAGUCAACGACCAAUAAUGUCGGAACUUGUGAACUGGUUGGAACAGAUCGUACGAGAUGGAUUAAUCUUGUAG